UUCACUCUAUCUCACCCUGUCCAACUCUCUUCAUCUUUCUCCCUGCACUCUCCUUUACAACACACAUACACAGUAUUGUCAACAAAGCCGGACGUUUAGGGAAUAAAGGUCCAAGGAGGAGGAGAGGAACUCUCAGGAUACCUGCUUCGGUCUACCUGGUCAACUUGAUCCAAAGAGGCGGAGAGGAGCAAACGGGCAAAAACCCGCAGUGGACAGGGGCUCCAGUAGUUAUCUCCAUGGUUGUCUGGAUGCUCAUAGUAUGUAUGAGAAGUUAACCAUGCUGAACCUGCAGAGUGGUUCCAACUGGAGCGGGCCCAACAACUGGUACCAUGACCCCACUGGGGUUCAGACUCAGCACAGCACAGUGUCCGAGGGCUGCAUGCUGGACACAGAGGGAGGCAUUGGGGGAGAGGCAGGAGGAGGAGGCUCUGGAAGAGGGGGAGGAGGAGUCCCCGUGGAGCGGGACGAAGGCGAGGAGUCUCAGCUGAGGCUGCAGCUCAAGAGGAAGCUGCAGAGGAACAGGACCAGCUUCACACAGGAGCAGAUCGAGGCUCUGGAGAAAGAGUUUGAAAGGACACAUUAUCCAGAUGUUUUUGCUAGGGAGAGGCUGGCAAACAAGAUCGAUUUACCUGAGGCCAGGAUACAGGUGUGGUUUUCCAAUCGGAGAGCCAAAUGGAGGAGGGAGGAGAAGCUGCGUAAUCAAAGGAGGUCAGGCGGCGUAACGUCAUGCUCACAGAGCCAAGCCCCUCUGAGCACCUCCUUCAACUCGUCCGUCUACCAUCAACAGCACGGCAGCAGUUCAGGCUCCAUGUUAAGUCAGACGGAGUCGUCCCUGCCCAGCUACAGCUCGCUGUCUGUUUUCUCACCUGGAGUCCAGUCUAUUCCCCCCCAGUCGGCCUCCUCGUACUCCUGCAUGUUACCUCCAUCACCCUCUGCGCCGCGCAGCUUUGACUCGUCGGCAUACUCCUCCCCUCACCUGCAGACUCCACCCUCAGCCAGCUCAAACACAGGGCUGAUAUCACCUGGGGUUUCAGUGCCGGUCCAGGUCCCAGGAACUGAACCACAGAGCAUGAGUCAGAACCUGGGGCAAUACUGGGCCAGACUACAGUGAGCUCUUGCUGGCUGCUGAUGGACAGAAGAAGAAGAAGUGGGAGGAUGAGUUGGAAGGGCAUGUAAAAGUCCUGUCAACAUAAAAAGAUUAGGAUACAUGUUAUCAGGAAGCACAGGUCUGAGUUAUAGAGAAGCCUUGAAGGGUUGCAGACCCCAAAAUGCAUUAAAUGUUUACAGAAUCAACCAAAAGCAGCUUUGGUUGCACUUCUCAGUACUCAGCUGGUACUGGUAUUGUCUCUGUAUGGUUAGGAGACAUCGGUUGACCAAUUCUAGAUUUAGGAAGAAGGACCAAAGAAGGAUGGCUCUAUUAGGUUUUAAGGUAACUGAACUUCUCCUAUUUUUUCACAUCACAACCACAAACCUCAGUGUAUUUUAUUGGUUAUUGGUGAUUUUAUGUAAUGGACAAAAGCAACAGAGUUAUAUAAAGUGGUGGUUUCAAAGUUCAUGAUUGCAAAAUCUGCUUAUAAGCAGCUGUAUUCAGUCCCCUUCACUCUGGUACCAUGUAAUAAAAUCAAGUGUACACAACUGUCUUCUCCAAAGUACUAUACAAAGCCGUUAAAGGUGUGAUUCAAAGGCUAAACAUUUUACAAGUACAAAUCUGAAAGGUGUGGUGGGCUCUUUUAUGCAGUCUAUAGAACCUCAUUUUCCUGCAGUUAGACCAGAGCUAUAAGGCUUUCCACUUCUAGAGAGUGGUUAAAGCUCAGUCAGACUGUAUGGCCAGCAUUUAUUUACUUCAGUACUGAAGUUUUGUUAGAAAUUAUCAGUUGUUUUUGAAUUUCCAUAGUCUGUUUCAGGGUUUCCAUUGUUUAUAGCUCUAUCCAUUAUCCCAUCAGCACUGACUAACCUGCCCUGUCUUUACUUAAGGAAAGUUUCCUCUCAGCAUUAUUAUGUCAACACUUUUGCCUGGUUACAUCAAUGGUGCCCAAGAUUGAUUCUCAUCCACACAUAGGGGAAUAUUCAUAAAGCAGUGCCAUCUCCCACACUGUCUGCAACUCUUUUGCAAUUUCUUUAUUUGGCACUGGAUACUUGCACUAAAUAACACUAAAUACAUUCAACCUUAUCCAGAGAGGACCGGAAGGAUCCAGAAUUGAUCAUAGAUAAUGCCUCCUUUGAGCUACUUGUCAAAAGUCAGAUUUGUCUUGUGUGUAUUUUAGUCUUAAUAAUAUUUUUUGUAGAGUAAAAAAAUUGAUCCUCAUAUCAAAGCUUCAUUUAUACUUAGGGUUCAGGUAAGGUUACUUAUAAAGAAUAACUACUGCACAAGAUUUAAUUUAGCAGUAUUAAAUAAAAGUGGGUUGAAAUUCAAACACAAACAUGAAUUUGUGUCAAAAUAUUCCAAAAAUUAUGUUUUCCUUUUCUUCUCAAUCAGAAUUUUGAGAUGCUUUUUAAAGGUCUGUCCCAAAUAAAACACGCUGAUGUUUGUUGUAAAGUUAAAAUCUAUCUGAAGAAUUAAAAAGAUAAAGAUUAAGGUUAAAUUAAGGUUAAGAUUUUUGUUUUUGUCUCAUGAGAUGUAGAAAGACAUCACCCUGGGAGCAUUGCAGGGCACAACCAAAGCUUUUCUCCAGUCAGAAAAAAAAAAUUGGUCAUACAAAGUAAAUACCAGCAUAUAUCAGGUGUAUUGUGAAGUGUAACCACUGGUUGUUGUUACUUGAGCAGCUUAAUCAUAUUGUGAUAAACUAGCUUGUUCCCUAAGCGUAAGCUGUGAGACUACUGUGAAGAUUUUAGACUCGCUUAUGGCAAUCACUUGUACUUAAAACUUUGAAAAUCUACCAUAAAAAAGUGUAAAUCCUACCUAUCCUGACUGCGCUGAGAUCGCAUAUUUUUGUAAAGACAUUUAGACAUCUGUGGGUGAAAUAAAAUAACUGUUGAAGAAUGCCUGGUGUUAUUAGAGGGAAGAAUGUAGCAUGAUAUUGGCUCCAAUCAACGUUAAAGCACAAGUUAAUUAGUCAGAGCAAAGGUUUUCCAUUCUGUCAUUAGGUUAAAACUGCAGCAAAAAGUUUUUAUUUUAUUUUAUAUUCAUUUGUAAAAUCAUCUUAUCCAAUCAGUAAAACAAGAAGCUUUUAAAAAGUAAGCAGUUUUUUACAUUACUAAUGCAAUUUUUUCUGCAGCAAGUGACAAUCAGUGUUUCUUGCACUUUAAACAAAAACAUAAACAAGUGACAAUCAAAGCUGGAAUGGGUGAAACCACUGCUGCUCUGAAAAUCUAAUAGCAAUGACUUGAAACAACUGUGCAUGACCAAAAGAUGGCGCUAGAGACAAUCCGCUACUCAAAAUCAAACAUUGUACAGAUGCCUCUGAUGUACUUUUGCAGAUAUUAAGGCUCUGCUCACUAUUUUUCCUCUGAUGGCCAGUUCUGCUGAUGCAACUCAUAUGAAAGAUCCUUACAGACUCCUAUUUAUUUGUGUUAUCACUUGUUCUCACGGUUCAUUUGUGUUGGGGUUUCAUUGUUGUCACGUGUUGUGUUAGUACUCUAUAGCUACCAAGAGUCAACCCUUUUUUGUCAAGGCCUUGGAUCCCUUUAAUGACAAUAAAGCAGUGUUUG